UAUAGCGAUUACCUCUUUAUGAUCACAUGUCCUAUGUUUUACCCUCUUAAGUGGUGUGUUUGUUUACAACAAUUGAAAUCAUUCAUACCCAAAAGUAAUAUUGGCCUGAUUGGAUAUAUUUACGUACGUACAUUUCGUGGUUCUUCAAGGCCAUGGCUGAGGAAGCGGGUGACACUGAAUUUGUAAGUCAGUUGUGUGACUCGAGUAAGCAGAAGGCUAAGGAGGAGCUAGGUGAGAGGAACGCGCGGGACACAGUCAUCGCCGUGCAGACACUUCGACAGUGGGUAAAGGAACAACCAUGGCUGAGGACGCCAACAGAUUUUGCUUUCCUCUUGAGAUUCUUGAGAUUUCGGAAGUUCAGCCAACUAGAGGCUCGUAAGGCUCUUGAGAAAUUCUGGACGACGCGCAGCAGUAGACCUGAGUGGUGCCGAAGCUUGGAUCCCGAAGACCCACUCUUUCAGAAGGUCAUUAAGUCUGGGAUCUUCACAUGCCCAGCUGUGCGAGAUAAACAGAACCGAAGAGUUAUCAUCAUGCGUUUUGGAAGUUUCGACGUGAACAUGAUCAAGAAAGAAGGCAUUGGCAGGCUGUGGAAGUGCGGGAUGCUCUUCUACGACUGGCUCUCGCGGGACGAGAACGUACAGGUGAACGGCGUUGUAUUGAUCGCGGACUACUCAAGCCUAACCAUGCAAAUAUUCACAGCUAUUGCCAACAGGGACGACCAACGAGACUUUAUGUCCUACUUUCAGCAAGCUCUUCCGGUGCGAGCUAAGUCAAUGAACGCAUACAACGAGCCCGCAUUUUUUGACGUCAUCUUUGCCUUUAUAUCACCAUUUCUCUCCAAGAAGCUGAAAGACAGGUUCCACAUCCAUGGGCGGAGCCUAGUGAAGAUCUACGCGGAGGUGGGUCACGCUUGUCUGCCUCAAGAGUACCUGCCAGACGACUAUGAGGGGCCGCACGCGGGAACACUCGCACAGAUUCACGAUGCAAUGCUGGCUGACAUGUGCAAUCCGGAAUUCCGGCGUUACGUUAUGGAGCUGUCUAGCGACAAGUAUGGCGUUGACAAGAACCGGAUACCAGCUCGCUCACAGGAAGUAGGAUCCUACAGAAAACUGGGUACCGAUUAGCGCGUGGACAUGCGCCGCGGAUGACACUGUGUUUCUUCUGUAAUAUAAAACCUGAUAUCUCAAACAAUUUGUUCUUACUUUGACGUCGUUCAUAUCAGUGUCAAUACAUGGCAAUACAUGUCACAAUGUCA